GCAUUUCCUUAUUCAAUGCAGAAUUCGAGCACACUGCUGUUUAUUGUGCGCUCGCGUAGCUGUCGAGGUAAACCUUCACUCUGUCCAUCUGAACCUAAAGAGGGGGCUUAUAAAUGUAGUCAAAGUAAAGUCACUGCAGUUUCCAAAAUGUUGGCUGUCAGAAGAGCACUGCGCGUUUGUCAGCGAGUGGCAUAUGUCAGUGUUUCGCGUCGUGGAUGCGCUGGAGCUGUUCCAGUGGACGACGUCGUGAACGGUCUUACCGAGGAGCAGAUCCAGCUCAGACAGACAGUCCAGAGAUUCUGCCAGGAGAAACUCACUCCCUAUGCUAAUGAGAUUGACAAGAAAAACGAGUUCCCCCGCAUGAGGGAGUUUUGGAAGGAGAUGGGUGAGCUUGGACUGCUUGGAGUUACUGCCCCAGUGGAGUACGGUGGAACGGGAUUGGGCUACCUUGAUCAUGUGAUUGUUAUGGAGGAGAUCUCCCGUGCGUCAGGAGCUAUUGCUCUCAGCUAUGGCGCGCACUCCAACUUGUGUGUAAAUCAGUUGGUGCGACAUGCUAAUCAGAAACAGAAAGAAAAGUACAUGCCAAAGUUGAUUACAGGGGAACAUGUGGGUGCCUUGGCCAUGAGUGAGCCCAACUCUGGCUCUGAUGCGGUGUCCAUGAAACUGACAGCGAAAAAACAAGGGGAUCAUUACGUGUUAAACGGUAAUAAGUUCUGGAUUACGAACGGACCAGACGCAGAUGUUUUGAUUGUGUAUGCUAAAACAGACCCAGAGGCAGCAGCCCGUGGCAUCACUGCUUUCAUCGUAGAGAAGGGCAUGCCAGGAUUUAGCACAGCGCAGAAGCUGGAUAAACUGGGAAUGAGAGGAUCUAACACCUGUGAACUCAUCUUUGAAGACUGCAAGGUCCCUGAGGAAAACAUAUUGGGCCCGUUAAAUAAAGGCGUGUAUGUUUUGAUGAGUGGCCUGGACCUAGAGAGACUCGUCCUGUCUGCUGGACCUGUUGGCAUCAUGCAAGCUGUGCUUGACCAUGCGAUUCCUUACUUACAUGUUCGUGAAGCCUUUGGACAGAAAAUCGGCACCUUCCAGCUAAUGCAAGGAAAAAUGGCUGAUAUGUACACACGGCUUAGUUCAUGCCGACAGUAUUUAUACAACGUUGCCCGUGCUUGUGAUAAAGGCCAUUUCAGUGCUAAGGACUGUGCUGGGGUAAUCCUUUAUUGUGCUGAGAAUGCGACUCAAGUUGCCUUGGAUGGAAUUCAAUGCUUGGGUGGAAACGGUUACAUUAAUGACUACCCAAUGGGCCGCUUCUUAAGAGACGCUAAACUUUAUGAGAUUGGAGCUGGAACCAGUGAGGUUAGAAGGAUGGUCAUUGGCAGAGCCUUCAAUGCCAUGUUCAAAUAAAAACAGCUCUUACCGAAUGAGCAUCUGUGUCUGAGUAUCACGUCUGGCAUCCUGAUUUUAACACCUUUAUCAAUGUGAAGUGUAAUUGCUAAUCAGUUUCAAGAACAGUAAUGCAAAACUCUAUCUCCUGGUGUUUUCUUUGGAUGUCAAAAGCUGUUUAUAUGAUGUUCUGUAAUAAUACAUACAUGGCAUCUAGCAUACAAAAACUAAUGCAGUAAUCAUUUUAAGAGGACAGACUGAAUUCAAAAAUUCAAAAUGCAAAUUCCCUGAAUUAAAAUACUUAUGAUGAUGGAAACAGCCAGAGCAAUUAAUUUCUUCCAUGAGCCUUUGUUAUGUGACAUGGCACAUGAUACCUGUACAGCAUUUCCAUUUGAUGUGAACAAAAAGGUUUCUUUAUAGAGGAUAUUUAUUCAGACAUUCUUUUCCUCUUUCAUUUCUUUUUAUUUUAAGAUUGUUCAAUCUUAUGAUUCAAAAGAAGUAGCACAUUUUUGAAAUAAGCUGUUGUAUUGACCCAUCGUGUCUUUGGGUUUUCAGAAUCCUGCCUUUCUGAAUAAUCACUUCAUGUUUUUGAAGUAAAUAAUUGUUUAGAAUAAAUGUAUUCUACCUUUCA